AUGGAAAUGAGUCGUGUCAAUAAUUAUACUCGGCACUGUAAGCCUGAAAACACCUUUCUGCACUCCUCCCUCCAGAACGUGGCUGCUACUUGUCUUUUGACCAACAUGACCUGCAGGAAUGGCCAGAAUAACUGCUACAAGAGCGCAAAUCGUAUUAGCAUGACUUACUGCAGUUGUCCUCCAGGGCCAUAUCCCAACUGCAACUACAGUACUACUCUCCAGAACCGGUUCUAUGUUGUUGGCUGUGAACGUCAUCAACGGGGCUUCCCUCCCAAUCAACUGCUUCCUGUGCACUUAGAUAGAACCAUUCCCCGGGUUCACUUACACUUUGAUUAA